GGAAGCCUUGAUCGGUUCUUAAAGUUCCCAAGAAAGAAGGCUGGUGUUGAAGAAAUGCUUGUCCGAUGGGUUAUUCAAACGAGACAGCCUUUCACAGUGGUGGAGCAUCCGGCUUUCAGGGCACUCAUUGAAGCAACGGGGGUGACUUUGCCCAUCAAGAUUGCUGAUACUCUCUUCAACCGAAUCAAAGAGGAAUUCCAUUCA